GCAGGUCACUAAUAAAGGAUGAUUAGUUUCAGGUGUGUUCCUGAAACAGCCACUGAAGUUCUCAGAGGAGUAGUUUUCACCACAAUGCCUCUUAUUUCUGUCUACUUUACAGUUUCUCUCUAUGUUCUGUCUAAGUUAGAGACACUUCAAUGCUACACGUAUCAAACCGAACCUCUUUUUCUGUCUUUCUCUCAAAUGGCCGCACUUGAAAGAAACUCUCUGGAUCAGAUAAACAAACCAAACUCUCACUCCCGAGAUCACAAGGUCAAGACCUUUGGGGUGAAAUGUAAUGAGGAAGGCGUUGAGGUUGUGAUGAAAGCGUAUCUGUUUGACCCCGGUCUUCCUGUGGAGGCCAAGCACUUGAGGCUUGGAUCUCCUGUCAGUGCUGCGCAACGUCACUGCACAGCCAAAGUGUCUGGAAAUGGAGAGUACGUCAUCAGGGCACCUCUGACUGACUGUGGGGGUAAAGUGACGUUUACCCAGAGUGCUGUGCUGUACGAAAACCUGCUGCUGUACGCGCCUCCAACAUCAUCCAGAGACUUGUUUCAGAGAGGAGCUGCUGUUCCACUUCACUGUCAAUAUGGAAGGAGGUACGCAGUGAGCAGCAGGGCCUUGAAACCAACCUGGAGUCCCCUGAUCGCCACCCAGUUAAUGCAUCUCAACCUGGACUUCCAGCUCAGGCUCAUGGCAGACGACUGGAGCAGUGAGAGAAAGUCAUCGGUUUACUUCCUGGGUGAAACGGUCAACAUCGAGGCCUCUGUAGAUCAUCGUCAUCUUCCUCUCCGGCUGCAUGUGGACAGCUGUGUGGCUACUCUGACCUCUGAUGUGAAUUCUUACCCCAGAUACCCCUUCAUAGACCACCAGGGAUGUUUUACAGACUCCAAGCUGAGCGGCUCCAGAUCCCGUUUCCUGCCCAGAGUCCAGAAUCACCUCCUCCAGAUUCAACUCCAACCUUUCCUCUUCCACCACGACCACAGACACACUAUAUAUAUAACAUGUUACCUGGAAGCAGAGCCCGUUUCAAGGAAGGACCCAGUGAAAAGGGCUUGUUCUUUUACGAACGGAAGGUGGAGGUCAGUAGACGGUGACGACAGUGUCUGUGAGAGCUGCAGUGCCACGUCCAUCCACAAGAGGACACCAAGGAGCAAAACAAAGCACAGACAAACUGAGCUGCAUGUGGAAACCAGAUUGGGCCCGAUGAUAUUUCUAACCACAGUCAGAAAACAUAAAUAUCUGGAUUGAAGUAAAUGAUUAAUAAAAAAUGGUGUUUAAGCACCCGUGACAUGUAAGAAAAA